AUGAGUAUAAAUGAGAUAGCUGAAUUACGGCGUCAGCUUGAGGAGGAAAAGCGAGGGCGAGAAGAAGAGAGACAGGCGCGAGAAGAGGCAGAACGGCAAGUGCAACCCAACACUCUGUUUCGCCUCCUUGAUCGAUGCCACAAUUCUCUAUCCCAUGCGAUCCAAGUUGAGAUGGAUGCGACCCUCACGACCCAGGGCGAAGCGGCCGACCCAGUAAACCGACUUUACCCCAAGCACAUCAUCCCUUGGCUUGACUUUCCCCAACUACAGGAACAAAUCUGGGAGAAAUUCGAUCGCACCGCUGCCUUUACCUCGCGCGCUUUGUUCCCUUCUGAUACCCAAAUCGAUUAUGUUGCUUCAAACAUCCUGAACACACCGAUUUAUUCGGAAGCUUCUCUUCGAAAUUUUGAGCGCGACACUGUGGAUAACUUUGUCGAAAAGGUCGUUAACGCUUUGCGAGACGAUGAAACUCUUCGCCGUGAGUUUGGAAUCCAGGGCCGAGUCACCUUCUAUGAUCGUGCCAACCCAUCGGAGACCUCGCUGGAGAACAGCCUGGAGCAGAUGAAUCUUCAAGAUACGCGCACACCCCAACGAGCGGCGAUCACUAAGCACGGAAGACGCAGAGGAAGGGGGAGUGGAGCGACGCAGAUACAGAGGAGGGAUGGCACCGUGCGAAGACGCAAUCGGCGCGCUGACCAGUUCUGCGUGCACCUUGUGGCUGAUGAACGACAAAUACCAGUGUAUGCGGUAGAGUUCAAAGCGCCGCACAAGGUGACAAUCCCCGAAUUGGUGGCGGGUCUACACCGGAUGGAUCUGGCUCGCGAUGUCAUUGAGCAAGAAGGUGAUACAUUCGAAUUUUAUGCCACCCGCCUUGUCGCUGCCGUGGUUACUCAGAUAUUCUCAUACAUGAUAGACAGUGGAGUCCGAUACGGCUACAUCUGCACAGGAGAGGGCUUUGUUUUCCUACAUAUCCCGGAAGAUGACCCCACGAUUGUUCAAUACUUCUUGUGUAUCCCAAACCAAGACGUGCAGCCGGGCGAUGAAUUGCGCCUCCACCGGACCGCCAUCGGUCAGGUGCUUGCGUUCACCCUUCAAGCUCUGGCCGCAGGUGUCCCCCCUCAAGAGUGGCACGAUGUGGCGCACGACACUCUGAGGACCUGGGAGGUCGAAUAUCUCGACGUGUUGAAGGAAAUUCCCGAAACUCUCCGUAAAGAUCCGAGGUCCUCUAACUAUCGGCCCUCGCAUUGGAAACGAGAUCGGAAAGUCCACAACACGCGCUCUCGCGCUCGCUGUGAGCCAGACGCAUCUACACCACGGCACUCGUCGCCUGAAGGCAGCGGCAGCGAUCAAGAAUCGCAAUCGCCAUCCGCUGCAGCAGCGUCACGUAGCCGAUCGAGCCGCAGCCGAGGGAAUCGCAGCCGAGGGAAUCGCAGCCGAGGGAGCCGCAGCCGGGCUAACAACCAUCAAUCAAGUAAGAGAAGUGAAAGGUCACAAGCCGGCCGGGAUAAAAAACAGACUUUUCGAAAAGACGGGUAUUCUACACGACCAUACUGCACCAUUGCCUGCGUCCGUGGCAUGGCCAACCGUGAACCUCUGGACAAAAAGUGCCCCAAUUGGGAACUCCACGGUGGCCAGAGACACUCUAUAGGGCCGCAAGAGUUUACACACCAGCUUCACCGUCAACUUAUCCGAAAUCGAGACCUGGGCUUCGAACAAUUGCACAUCUGUGGUCGAACAGGCUAUCUCAUAAAAGCCACACUCCUUUCAAGCGGGUACACUGUGAUCAUUAAAGCCACUACUGUGGAGAAACAGCGCCGCCUCCAAGCGGAAGUGGAUAAUUAUCGUCACCUUAAGAGCUUGCAGGGACAGCACAUCCCUGUCUGUCUUGGGGCCUUCAAGCCUCGCGUCGCAUAUUGGUACCAUGGGGAGCCAAUGGCCCAGAUGAUGGUGUUGAGCUGGUCCGGAACUCGGCUUCAACAUGUCAUCAAUGAUGGGAAUUCCAGCUUCUUCCACGAAGAGCGCGAGAAAGCACUGGCCGUGCUCCGGUCGCACGGAGUCAUCCACGGCGACAGUGACUGGCGUAAUAUGCUAUGGGAUAAAGCGAGUGGCAGACUGGUCGUCAUUGAUUUGGAGGAUGUGAAGCGGCUGAAGCGCCCUGGGGCCCUUGAACUAACGUCUGGAAAUGUGCGGCAUAGUCAUCUCGCAAAAGCGGUAAAAUCCUGCGCCUGUUCUGAACAUGUUCGCACCGUUUGA